UUUAAAUUAUCAUAUUUUAAUAUGCAAUAUUUAUUAUUUUUAUAAUGCAAUUUCAUAUUUUAAGAUUCUGGGACACACGAGUAAGCAAAAUCUGCAUAAAAGUCGUUUUAAAAUUAGCACAAAAUAAAGAAAAUAUUUUUACCAUCAUAAAACAAAAAGUUUAAAACGGUCCAUUUUAAUAAAUACAUUUUUUUUACGUCUCGGUUAUAAUAGUAAGAGACACACAAUUGGUUUUGUCUUAACUUCUUAAAAUAUUGUGUUUUGCGCUGUGCGAGUGCGAACAAAACAAGCAGAGUUCAUUCUGGGCCAAAGGGGAAACACUUGCAGUUGGUGUACAUAUCUAAGUCCCGGCGCUACUUGAUAGGCCCAUUUUUGUCGGUUUGCACUGUUCUUGGAUUGGUUUAAAAUCGACACAACUUCCAUAAGCCCCACCCACUGUUUUAUAUAUAGUUGAAGCAGCUUGCGAAGCUCCCACACAACACUCAAGACGUUCAUAAGGGUCACUAAGUGAAAUGGUUGUUCUGGUCAAACAGAGUCCUCAGUUGGGCAGCAAAGCGAUGGAUGGAAAUCAGCACAAAGUAGAUGCGAAUGUUCUGCUACUUGGAGCAGAAAAUGUUGGGAAGUCAGCCCUCACCGUGCGAUUUCUCACCAGAAGGUUCAUCGGAGAAUAUGGGGAUAUUGAAUCAAUAUACAGUCAUACUGACAAAACAGAUGGGCGAGAGAUAUCCUUAAAUAUUUGGGACUCUCUGUAUCCACAGAGCUGCGAAACAACUGAAUCCAUCAGUGACAAGCAGCUUCAGUGGGCAGACGGCGUGAUCCUGGUCUACAGCAUCUGUGACCGCUCCAGCUUUGAGGUGGUCCGGCAACAGGUGCAGCUCAUCCGCCAGACUAGGAAGCUGUCCGCAUCAGCACCGAUCAUCAUUGUAGGGAACAAGCGAGACCUGCUGCAUCAGAGAGCCGUGUCGAGCGAGGAGGGCAGACUGUUCGCCCUCUCUGCAGACUGCGGCUUCUUCGAGAUCUCGGCAGCUGAAACCUACCACGGCGUGCUUCUGGUCUUUCAUGAAAUAUUGGAUCUCAUCAAGGAGACCAGAGCACUGAAAAAGGGGAUGGUCGGAAUCAAGGGCAUAGUCAAAAGCGUGUCCGCAGUGUUUGGAAAGAAACGGGAGUAAAGAACUGAGUUGGGGAUGUGAAAGAUGAGCGUGAUGAAGAAAUGAGGCCACUGGCAGCCUAGCGUCUAAACAGCUGAGAAGAGGACCCUCGGCCGAUGGGUUUUUGGAACCGAAGGUGGCCACUUUUGCCUAAUUAAUGUACAUGGAUGGUGGAAAGAAAAAGAAUAAGAUGAUAGCAUGUUAAAAGUUCAGAGCCCAGCUUUAUGGUGAAGAAAUGUAGAUUAAGUUUGUUACAGCAAGGAGAUAAAAGAAGUGCUGAAGAUAAGUGGUCCUGGGCUUUGAUUUAAGUUGGUCACAGGGUAUUGAUAUGAAACGAGGGACAGCCCGGAUCUAUUGUAGUCCUAGUCAAAGAAUGAUCUUUCAGCUCUGAACAGAUGAUGUAGACGAAUUCAAGUGAGCUUCUGCUCUGGAUCUCAGAUGCCUGAAAUAUAGAGUUGGACUUUAUCCUCUCUGCAUUGUCCUCUUCUGAAUCUUCACUCACAUUUAGAUGUGAAUGAUUAAGUGUGGUAAUUGGAAGGAGACUAUAUAUAGUAAAAUGUAUAUAGAUAUUUUAUGUAUAUAUUGUAAUUUUCUGAAAAAAUGUUUUGAGUUACUUGAUUAAAGGUAUGUUCACACCAAGGAUGAUAGUUGUAACUAUACAGUUUUAAUAAUGGUUCUAAUUCCAUGAGAAUAGCAGAGUCUACAAGACAAUUAUAAUGAUAACAACACAAAUGAUAUAGUUGGAAUCACUUUAAGAACGUUUUUUCAGCUAAUAAAUGAGAAAAAUCCACCCGAAGAGCUUGAGCAUUUAAAGUGGCAGAACUUUGGUGUGUACACCAAGAUAGUUACAGAUAUCGUUAUAAUUAUUUGUCAUGGUGUGAACACUCUAACAACUGAAGAAUGAGAUGUUAAGAGUGUCUGUACAUUGCCCUGUAUAUACUUGAAUCUUUCACUUUUUGUAUAAAAAUAUGCUGUUUUUAGUUAAAGACCUUUUUGAGAUGUUUAUACUGCUUGUAUUUCAAUGAUCGAUUUCAAUAAAGGAAAAACAUUUA